UUUUUUUUUUUUUUUGUCAAUCGCUUCUGUCUACUCUUGGAGCAUCUAUUUUUCUCUCAAAUUCUUUUCAACAAACAGCAAAAUGUUUAAUCCACAACCACAUAAGCCUGCUUUUAAAUUUGUCAUUCAUUCAAAAAUAGAACAAGAGAAUUCAGGAGAAGGUACAGAAAGAAAGGACGAUGGCUUCAAAAGCGCAGAAAUAGACAAGAAACAGAGCAGUACGAAAGAAUUCGUUGAAGAACAGAAAGUUACUUCUUCGCUUGUAACGGAAACAACGAGCGAAACAAGCACAAAAACUACAAGUACAACAAUAGCUACUUCAACCAACUCAGCUUCCGAUACGGUUGAGCCUUCAGCCGCUCAAAAUGCCUCUGCAACAACAGACAAUCGUAAGCGUAAGCGCUCUGACAAAGAAACUGCUCUUCCUGGCAGUAUUGCACCAUUGACUACGAAAAAGAUUCAUAGUCAUCUUGAACGUUGGAAUAGAAAAAAGGAAGAAUUGAAGCAUGAGAGGGAGAUCGAGGAGCAGGCUAUUAAAAAUUAUGCGGAUUUAUCAGCCAUGGCUUGCUUACUUUGUCAAAGAAAGUUCAAGUCUCAAGCUGAUUUGGAGAGACAUCAAGAAUUAUCAGAACUACACAAAACCAAUUUGAAUGAUCCUGUAGCUGUGAACAAAGCCAAGUUGAAGUUGCAAUUCUUAAAGUCCGAUUCAGAAGAGAAGGAGCCUUCGAUGCAGUACCGUAAUAGGGCAGCCGAAAGACGACAAACUUAUGGGCAACCAGAUAAACCAGUGAUACCUUCAUCACGACCUGGAGGUUAUAAACAACCUGUGGCACCGCGAGAAAUUGAGGCUAUCCAACAGGCUUCUAUGCACGUACCUAUUUCCGAUUCGAACAAAGGUGCACAAAUGCUACAGAAAAUGGGGUGGAAGAAAGGUGAAGGUUUAGGCAAACAUGGUACUGGUAUAGUUGACCCAAUCAAAGCGGAAAGUUAUGCUCAGCAAACAGCCUCAUCACAACCACCCUCAAGGCGAUAGUUAUAGUGUAUUAAAUUUGUAGCAGCCAUUUAAGAAUACCAAAACCUGAAUCAUAAUAAACCAGGGAAAAAAAAAAAAGUUGAACAUUGCUUUUACUAG